AUGAGCUAUUAUUUAAGAGCACUUUUGUUGAGUUUGAUAGUAAAAGUAUCAGAAUCGGCGCCACAGGCAUAUAGGAGAGACCCAGGGCACCCGCAGUGGCACCAUGGAGCCUUUCAAGAUGUCAAAGAUUCCGUCCGUUCCGAAGUCCGUCAAAUGCUUCAUUCCCGCGCUGAGGUUCCAUUUCAAGUCCCUCUUGAAGUUAAUGUAGUCCUUAUUGGGUUCAAUGGCGAUGGAGGCUAUAGGUAUACUUUAGAUUCUCAAAAACUGGAGGAGUUUUUGAGAGUAAGCUUUCCAUCUCACAGACCCUCAUGCUUAGAGACAGGCCAGCCACUUGAUAUUGAGCAUCACGUUGUAUUUAAUGCAUUUCCAGCUGGGCAGCCGGAAUUGAUAGCAUUGGAGAAAAUACUGAAAUCAGCCAUGGUUCCCACUGGCACUGCUAGAGAGGCUAAUUUUGGAAGAGAAGUUCCUUUAUUUGAGGUUGAAGCGACAACUGUUGAGCCGGAGUUUCAGAAGCUUCAUUCCUAUCUCUUUGACAUGGAAAAUGCAGGAUAUUCUGUGGAAGAAAUGGACAGACCUUGGCCAACUGCAAUCUUUGUUGUUAAUUUUGAUAAGGUGCGAAUAGAUCCCAGGAACGAGGAACUUGAUCUUGAAAGUUUUAUGUAUGGCAGCAUCACGCAACUAAAUGACGAGGAAAUUAAGAAACAAGAGGGGGAUUACAUAUAUCGAUAUCGUUAUAAUGGAGGAGGUGCAUCUCAGGUUUGGCUUGGAUCUGGCAGAUUUGUUGUGGUUGACCUCUCCGCGGGACCUUGCACAUAUGGGAAGAUUGAAACUGAAGAAGGAAGUGUCAAUCCUAAAACACUGCCUCGAUUACAAAAUGUAUUUUUACCUAGAUUGGUUGCAGGAAGUGAGCAGUCAGCGCCUGAUAUUUUUAUUGGACAACUCGCUUCUGUGAUUGCAACUACAGUAGAGCAUGUUAUAGCCCCAGAUGUUAGGUAUGAAACCGUUGAUAUGACUACUAGGUUGCUUAUACCAAUCAUUGUCCUUCAAAAUCAUAAUAGAUAUUAUAUCAUGGAGAAAGGUCACAAUUACAGUAUAAAUGUUGAAGCAAUUGAGGCUGAGGUUAAGAAAAUGGUACACCAAGGACAGGAAGUAGUAAUUGUUGGGGGUACACAUGCAUUACAUCGCCAUGAAAAGUUGGCUAUUGCUGUUUCGAAAGCCAUGAGAGGGCAUUCCCUUCAAGAAACCGAGAAGGAUGGACGCUUCCAUGUUCACACGAAGACAUAUUUGGAUGGUGCUAUACUUAAGGAGGAGAUGGAAAGAUCUACUGAUGUGCUUGCUGCUGGUUUACUUGAGGUGUCCGAUCCAUCCCUUUCAAGUAAAUUUUUCCUUCGUCAGAACUGGAUGGACGAGACUGAUGGUGCAGGUGAUUCAAUAUUAAAGCAUAAACCUCUUUGGGCAUCCUAUAACUCUCAACGUGGGAAGGAUAAGAAAAGGAGAACAGAAAAGAAGAAACAAGGGGAUCUGUACCGUACGUAUGGAACUAGGGUUGUUCCAGUCUUUGUUCUAUCACUUGCUGAUGUGGAUGAACACCUUAUGAUGGAGGAUGAUAGUCUUGUAUGGACAAGCAAUGAUGCAGUUAUUGUGCUUCAGCACCAAAGUGAAAAGAUACCAUUGAGUUAUGUUUCAGAAAUAGAGAGAAGACAUGCUAUCCCAUCACAAGUUCAGCGCCAUAUAUUGGCUGGAUUGGCUUCUGUUGUAGGUGGAUUAAGUGCACCUUAUGAAAAAGCCUCUCAUGUGCAUGAAAGGCCUGUGGUGAAUUGGCUUUUGGCUGUUGGUUGCCAUCCAUUUGGACCGUUUUCAAAUACUUCCCAAAUUAGUCAAAUGCUUCGGGAUGUUGCUCUGAGGAACACAAUAUAUUCGCGUGUUGAUUCUGCACUUCACCGAAUUAGAGAUACAUCAGAGGCUGUCCAAGCCUUCACUGCUGACUAUCUGAAAACCCCUCUGGGCGAACCAGUGAAAGGUAAAAAGAAUAAGUCAAGUACUGAGAUCUGGUUGGAAAAGUUCUACAAGAAAACAACCAACUUGCCAGAACCAUUCCCUCAUGAAUUAGUUGAACGAUUGGAAAAGUACUUGGAUAGCCUUGAGGAACAGCUUGUAGAUCUCUCUUCCUUGUUGUAUGAUCAUCGUUUACAAGAAGCCCACUUAAACAGUUCAGAGAUUCUUCAAAGCUCAAUCUUCACCCAACAGUAUGUAGACCACGUUUUGAGCAGUGAAAGGGAGAAAAUGAAAUGCUGCAGUAUCCAGUAUAAAUUCCCUGUGCAUACUUCACAGAAUUACAUAUACGCUGGAAUUCUUUUAGCUGGAUUUUUGGUAUAUUUUGUUGUAAUCUUCUUUGCAUCCCCUGUGCGCUGA